AUGCCGUGUACGUUACCUAUACCCUGUAAGUUACCUAUGCCCUGUACGUUACCUAUGCCCUGUGCGUUACCUAUGCCCUGUACGUUACCUAUGCCGUGUACGUUACCUAUGCCGUAGGUUCCUAUGCGAUGUACCUUACCUAUGCCGUGUACGUUACCUAUGCCCUGUAAGUUACCUAUGCCCUGUACGUUACCUAUGCCCUGUGCGUUACCUAUGCCCUGUACGCAAUUGCGUAUUUGCGUACAGGUAGCUACGCCCCUGCCUAUGCCCUGUACGUUACCUAUGCCCUGUACGUUACCUAUGCCCUGUACGUUACCUAUGCCCUGUACGUUACCUGUGCCGUGUACGUUAUCUGUGCCGUGUACGUUACCUGUGCCGUCUACGUUACCUGUGCCGUGUACGUUACCUGUGCCGUGUACGUUACCUGUGCCGUCUACGUUGCCUCUGCCGUGUACGUUGCCUCUGCCGUGUACGUUGCCUCUGCCGUGUACGUUACCUAUGCCGUGUACGUUACCUAUGCCGUGUACGUUACCUCAGCCGUGUACGUUACCUCAGCCGUGUACGUUACCUAUGCCUUGUACGUUACCUAUGCCUUGUACGUUACCUAUGCCUUGUACGUUACCUAUGCCGUGUACGUUACCUCUGUCCUGUACGUUACCUAUGCCGUGUACGUUACCUAUGCCGUGUACGUUACCUAUGCCGUGUACGUUACCUAUGCCGUGUAUGUUACCUAUGCCAUGCCAAUGA